AUGGCCUCAGUUCCAGUGUUGACAGCUGUCCCGACUGCAUACUCUGGCUGCUGUCUCGCCCUAACUCGCUCACUUGUCCACUAUUUCAAUUCACUCCUGCCCCGACCACCCUCCCUCGCCCUCUCCAUAGGCAGUGGCUUUGGCUUACUCGAGACCUACCUUGUUACUGAACCCUACACUGUCCAUCUAAUAGGCGUCGAGGUUGCACCGAGCCCCAAUUCAUAUCUGCCAGCAGACAACCACUAUGCCGUCCAUGGGUCACGAUUUCUCUGUCCGCUGGCAGCCGAUGCAACAGCAUGGCUCUUUGUAUACCCCCGACGCGCUGGCCUGGUUCGCGAGUAUUUGGCCGAAUAUGGCGACGCUAGUGUCAAUCUCAUCCUAUGGGCAGGGCCAAAAGCUGACUGGGACGACUACAAAAGCUGCUUUUCGGGAUGCUGGCAAGUACAGGUGCACAACGCUGACGAAGUUGGUGGGAGUGCUUGGGAACUCAUCGUAGUUGCCACCAAAACUCGUCCUUUGUUUCCAACAAGUGUGGAAUUUUCCGACGUUGGCUGA